CGUGCUGGCUGAGGCAGAAAGGGGAAGGGCAAGAUGGCGCUCCGUACUGCUGUUGCUAUGAAGCCAGGGAGGGGUAGGCCGUGAAUCCAACACAGCCCGGAGCUAAGUGUUCAGACUGCAGCAAUGUGAAGAGUGGGAGAUAAACAGGCUGACUGCAGAGUCCCCGCAAUGAGAGUUCCUCUUUCUAUAAGACCUAAGAUGCCACAAGUGUGUGAGGCCAGGAUUGUUAGGGGAAAGGACACAACCGUUAUCACCACUCAACCCAAACCAGCAGGAAAACUCCUAAGCUCUCACCGCACAGUAAGUCAGGAACGACAGAGCUCAGCAUAUUCCACAACCGUCUUUAGUAAUGGAGUACUCCCUGCUCAGAAGCUCCGUCCCCUUCCUCCAAGGCCAAACGUGGAGGACAAGGUGAAGACCACUCGAGGUCGUGCUGCACAAAGGACAGAGACUUCAAGUUCUGCAACUAAAAAAGGCCCUAUGAAAGGCAUCCACACGCUCAAAAUUGCACACUCCUCUACCACCAAUAAAGUAUCAACUCCACCUCUUCAGCAACGGGCAGGAGGCCUCUCCCGCUCCAAGUCUGUGAGUUACGGAGACCUGAGGCUAUGCACAGACAAAACAGAUGAGAUCACCAAUGGUCUAGCUCGGGUGGAGGUCAGAGAGCGUAGCUCAUCAUCAAGCAGGAAACCCCCUUUAGACCCUUCUGUUUUAAAAAGAAGCAGUUCACUGAAAAGACUCAAUGUGAUGCCCACGGAGGACAUGCAGCUGAGGCAUGUCAAUCAAGCUCUGCGAUUGUUCAGAGCGGAUAUUUCCAGCAAGACAACUCCCAUUAAGAUUGCAGAUGGCAAGAAACCAUCUCAGGCCUCGAGCCCACCUACCACCAUAGCCCCCAUCUGCAAUGGUAUUACAUCACAGGACAAAAGCCCGACUGUUGCCUCUCCGCCACCACGGAUUCCUGUCCUUGGCACCGGACGCAUUGGUCUUCGGAAUUUAGGCAACACAUGCUUCAUGAACGCUGUUCUCCAGUGUCUGAGCAGCACCAAACCCCUGCGAGAUUAUGUUCUCCGCCAGGAGUACCGACAUGAACAGCCUGGCAGCAGCAAGGGCCAACAGGAGCUCACGGAAGCCUUUGCUGAUGUCAUUGCAUCUCUGUGGAGUCCCGAAGCUACCGAUGCUGUUAACCCGUCCCGGUUAAAAUCAGUCUUUCAAAAAUACGUUCCGUCUUUCACCGGCUACAGCCAACAAGAUGCUCAGGAAUUCCUAAAGUUUUUCAUGGAUCGAAUUCAUGUUGAAAUUAACAGAAAAUGUAGAAAAACUCCCACUAUCCUCUCUGACACCAAACGCCCCAUGCCUGUAGAACCUCAAGACUCUCUCAGUGAUGAUGAAAGAGCCAACCAGAUGUGGAAGCGUUAUCUUGAAAGAGAAGACAGCAAGGUGGUUGAUCUGUUUGUUGGCCAGUUGAAGAGCUGCCUUAAAUGCCAGUCUUGCGGCUACCGGUCACCCACAUUUGAAGUCUUCUGUGAUCUGUCUCUUCCAAUCCCCAAGAAAGGUUUCACAAGCGGGAAGGUCUCUCUCUUAGACUGUUUUAACCUCUUCACAAAAGAAGAAGAACUUAACUCUGAAAAUGCCCCGAUCUGUGAUCGCUGCCGGCAGAGGACAAAGAGUACCAAAAAGCUCACAAUCCAGCGCUUCCCCAGAAUACUUGUGCUCCAUCUGAACAGGUUCUCAACCACAAGGUUCUCCAUUAAGAAAUGCUCUGUCUUUGUGGACUUCCCUCUGCAAAGGCUCAACCUCAAGGAGUUUGCCAGUGAAAAAGCAGGAAGCCCUGUGUAUAAUCUUUAUGCUCUGUGCAAUCACUCAGGCAGUGUGCACUAUGGACAUUACACGGCUUACUGCAAAGACCAAUCUGGGUGGUUUGCCUACAACGAUGCCAGAGUGACACCUGUCGGCGAAAGCCAGAUUACGUCCAGCGAAGGUUAUGUUCUCUUUUAUGAAAUGGAAGACGCAUGUUGGAAAUAAACUUUGAGAACAUCAGACCUUUAUUUCAGGAUUUUUAUUUUCUUGACUUGACUACUGUUAACCCCUUCAAGGAAGUGACACUCUCCCUCCUGGCCGGGACUCAGCUCUAGUCACUGCAACCAAUGGCUUUAUGCUGAUUUGUUGGAGGGCCUGUCAUCCUAAGGACAGCCAUGAAAUGAAAAGCAAUAAUGACUUCUCUGGGAGUUGGUUUAACAACUUUCAUAUUGAAACUAGAGACAUUAAACAAAGUCGCACAAGUU